AUGCUCCGUGACCAAGGCACCCGACAAUUCUUCGCGACAGCCCACAUGCCCCAUUCGUUACGCAAAGAUCACAUGCCCGUUUGGCAGCAACAGACCGAAGAACUUUUGCAGUUUUGUGCGAAUCGCAGGUAUCACGACACCAUUUGUUUGUGCUGUGACCUUAAUUAUGACAUUCUGGACAUUGUUAACGUCGAUGAGCGAGGCGUGCCUCUGGGACAGCUCCUGAGGACACUGAACCUCGAACACACACGGCCCUUAGAGCCGACAUGGAGAAAUACCACGGGGUCUGCUUCUAGGAUCGAUUUCAUCCUCUUUGCCAUGCCAUCGCUUGAAAGUCGAGACGACCGAGUGGUGUCGGGUUCGGACGAGGUCCUGGGCUCAGAUCAUUGUGCAGUCAGCAUUGCUCUACGGUCGUGCCUCCCCACCAGAGGACGCGCCUCCUUUAAGCCCUCUAAAUGUGGAAAGUGGUGGACGGAUGGCCCGGCCCUUCAAACCAAAGCCGAACAACUUGCGGAGAAACUUGACCUGAGUAUGAAUGACCUGUCUAUGCAAGACCUUGAGGGCCUUUGUGAGGCGACCUCCAAGCGAGUAACAAGCUGUAGAUACGUAGACUCGCCGGCCAUCAAAGACAUGAUCAAGGCUCGCAAGCGGCUCCGUGGUAAGGAAGCCCAGCAAAUGGCUAAGAGCAUUGCCGACGCGAGAAAGACAGACAAGCGAGAGUGGCUGGUCCGUCUACUUGAGCAAAGUGCCGCGGGAGACUUCCGGGCGGCUGCAUAUUUUCGCAAGAGACAGUCUACCAUGUUUGUGCAAGGAUCGUACUGUAUGAGAGCAGGAGGGAAAGCCAAGGCCAUCAGCGACCUACGCUUCUUCUAUCAAAGAAAGUACACCCCCCUUGAACCGCCCCAACCGGGACUACCCAUGGCCAUCUUUCAUUGCAGAGCUGGACCCAUCAUGAACCCUGAACCGUUCACCCUGCAGGAGAUACAGGAAGUGGCCUUCCAGUGCAAGCACAACAAAAGCACAGGGGCCGACGGCAUCUCAUACGAAGCCCUUCAGAUGUUGCUUCAAUCUGACCUGAGUCAUCACAUCAUGGACAUGUUCAACAGCGUGCUUCAAAGCCUGCGCCCCCCCCCACCCAGCUGGCUCACUAGCCACGUAUGCUUCCUCCCGAAAACCACACACCCAUCGGCGCCAGGAGAUCUGAGGCCCAUCGUCUUGUCGAGUACUGCUGCCAAGGUGUUCACCAAGGCACUGAUGCUCCGCCUGAGGCCCAAGUUGCCGCGGAUGCAGGCUUUCCAAGUGGGAGGCUUACCCAAGAGGCAAACCCUUGACGCCGCUUGUGCGGUACAACACGCAAUAAGGCUUGCCGAAGAGUAUGGGAAACCGCUGAUCAUCAUCAAGCUGGAUGUGGCAGCAGCGUUUGACUCGCUGUCGCACGAAGCAGUGGCUGCACUGCUGGCAACUGCACAGGGCUCCCGGGAAGCUGAGUUGCUGCUUCAGAUCGUGUUAGAGAGUCGGGUGGAACUUGGUCUUCAGGGCACAACGUGGGAGCAACAAUUGCGCCAGGGCAUAUUGCAGGGCAGUAGUUAUAGUGCGGAACUGUUCGCGCGUUGCAUUGACUACUUCCUCACCCCGACAAAUGCCAAGUGGCAAGACAUCGAGGAAUCCUGGCUGAAGGACCCUAGCGGGCGUAAGCUUUUUCUCACCCCCUUUGCUGAUGACCUGGUUUUGUUGGCGACUUCGAGGGCACAAGCACAAAGACUUCUUAGUGACAGUGAAGCCACACUUCAAGCCAUUGGCCUGAGGUUCAACGCCAAGAAGUGCAAAUACCUGCAAACGCCUGGAUUCCCGGAGGAACCCCUCAACCUCUCGGCAGGUGAGGUAAAGUAUGAAUCGACGUUCCUUUUUCUGGGUAUCCUCAUGGGCUUUCAGCUGACAUGCCUCAUGAUCUUGCAGGCACGUAUGGCCAAGGUCUCGAGCGCCUUUUGGGCGUACUACAGCAUACUGAGGCGUGCAGAAGUCGGGUUGACGAGAAGGCUCAGAGUAUUCGACUGUUUCAUCACAGCUCGUUGGAGGUGGAUUAGCCCGGCCAUCCGGCCCAUCAGCACGGUUCACAGGUUCCUGCGCACUAUCCACACUUCCUUCCUCACAGCUAUGCUCCGUUUUGCCCGGGAUCCGUUCCAGGGGGCGGUGGAGUCGUGGGUGGCGCGACGCAGGGCUGCUCGACUAGCUGCACAGCAAGUCCAUCAUCGCGCGUGGCCGGGGGAGCAUUCUCGCCAAUUUUUCGGCUUUUGGGGCCAUGCUGCCCGCUAUGCCGUGAGUGACUAUAUACCCAUAGCAUUGAUGUUGCAGGUGCGAGGCCCUACCUGGUAUUUCGCUAAUCGAGACUGGCAUAAACGCUUGCCAGGUAAAUGGGCCAACACCUCUAGGUUCCUGCAGAUAGCUUGGGAGAAAUUCCUGCUUAGGCAAGGCAGAUCGCCCCCAACCUCGUGGCUUGAAGGAGCAGCAGAUCGAGACCUUUGGAAGGCCUUCUCCCAGGACUGGGCCUGCACCCACGAUGCGGACCCGACGGUCUUCUAUGCAGGCCCCCCAGAAAAGGUCGACCUACUUGGAUGCCAACUGGUACAGAGCGAAGACCGCUUUACCCUGCUCCCCACUAGGCAUGUCCCGGUAGAGGCCCCAUACAGCACCUCAUUCAUGCGCAUCAGCAACCCCCUGGACAACCAGAUCCAGGACCAUGGACAACAGGAACAUAUCCUGCGCGUGUAUACGGAUGGGAGUGCCCAACAAGGCCGCAAAGGACAGCCCCAGGGCGGGGGCAGCUCCGUAGUUGUGCUUGCACCAUACUCGCUAGUCGAGGAGGCUACGGUUUGCUAUUUUAAGGUCCCACAGCCCUGUACUAACAUACAAGCCGAACUGCACGCCGCUGUCCAAGCCCUGCAGAUGGUGCGCCGAAUCCGGCAGCACUUCCCACAUGUGCCGGUACAGCUUUUCACAGAUUCGCAGUAUGUGGUUCAGGUUCUUGAGGGAUCCUUUUUAGGGACGCACCAUGCUUCAGUCACGAAUAUGCUGAUCCACCUCUGGAAGGAGCUUUGCCUGACUGUGGAGGUCCACCAUGUACGAGCACACCAGGGGAUUAUGCUCAACGAAGUAGCAGAUCAUUUCGCCAAGCUUGCAUGCACUCUAGGACAUUCUCGGAAGGUUUUUUGCCGUUUGAGUUUCAGCCAGGCUUUCAUGACAGAUCAAUCCGACUCUGGUGGCUUUCUGUCAUGGCUAUCGUGA